CAUGGGUUUGCUCCAUGUCUACAUAGAAGGGUUCUACGAGUCAUUUCCAUUUAAAACGUCGGGAAGUUUUGGAAGUUAAUCAUCGUAGCCUCCUCUGUGUAUUUUUCUUCCCAAAAAGUAUUCUCACUUUGAUGGUUUCCUAACCAUGAUUUCCAGAUAUCUUCCAUGUUCGUUAAUCGUCUCACUAAUUUAAUCACGUCGACCCCAUCAUUUGCAAGUUGCAACAAAUCUGUGACGAAGACAGUACCUCACCAUUUAACCCUAUAUUUAUCUUAUACAUAUAGGAGUUUUCUUUAUUUUUCUCUCUCUAGAAUGAAGCACUGCCAAGAGGGGUGGCACCUUUGUAAGGAUUGUUGGAGAAAAAGGGUCACAUUAAUUAUGCUGGUUUCUUCAAUGGGGUUUGGUGGGCUUUCGUGUUAAAGCGCCUUGCUUUUACAGAUUCCAUUCCAUAUUUUCUCCAAGAUCUGUUCUUUCUUCAUGCUCAUCGUUUUAGCUCAGGCCCAAUGGACUUGACACCAGUUGGAUGCCUUAUAAACAGCAUUUCCCGAUUCAUUCAUCUAGUAAAUUGUCGGGUAUCAAAGUCAGUGCUUGGUCAGAAGGAUUUUGAAGUUACUGCAAGUGUGUUGAAACAUUUGAAACCUGUGCUGGAUGAAGUUGCUCAUAAGAAGGUGCCUUUGGAUGAAAUUGUCAGUUGGAAGUGUGAAGAACUAGACUUAGCUAUUAAUGAAACCAGGGAAUUUCUUGAGGAUUAUUCUCCUAAGAAGAGCAAGAUUGUCUCAGUUUUGCGUAGUAAGAAACUAGUGUGGAAAAUCCACAGCUCUGUUCUUGAGAUCUCUGGCGCUUUGUGUGGAUUACUAGAACCAUCAAUGUGUAGUUUGGAACUAUAUGAUACCGAGAGCCGUAUACAGGAGUUUUAUAAUUGUAUGAAACCGGACAAGUUAGAAUGCAUAAAGGAAGUUGUUGACAGCCUAAGUGAAGGAAAUGUUCCUUCCUCAGAAUAUCUUAUGACAAUUGUACAGUCAUUAAAUUUGUCAUCCUCUGAGGAGCUACUUAACGAGUGCAUUGCACUGGAGAAGGAGAGAGUGAAAGCUGUUGAGAAUAAAAAAAGUGACUUUACAGAUCACGCAAAUGAACUCAUGUGUCAUAUUCGUAAUUUCUUGAUCAAGCUCGACAACAACUUCACAUCCAUAGAUGGGAUUAAAAUUCCGCCCUAUUUCAUGUGCCCUUUAUCUUUGGCGCUCAUGUUAGAUCCAGUCACCAUUGAUUCUGGCCAAACAUAUGAGCGAGCUUCAAUCCAAAAAUGGAUGGAUCAAGGAUUGACUACUUGCCCUAGAACUCGCCUCAAAAUCUCACACUCCAAAUUCACUACAAAUGUAACUAUCAAAGCUCUGAUUGAAAAUUGGUGCAAACAGAACAAAUGUAAGCCUGAGGAAGCUGAUGAUGCUGAUUCUACUCCUGGGGUUACCGAAGAAGAAGAAGAAGAAGAAGAAGAAGAAGAAGAAGUAGAAGAAGAAGCAGAAGAAGCAGAAGAAGAAUUAAGGUAUUCUCCGAGCUCCGAACAAAGCCCAGCUGUUUCUUAUGUAAGGGAGGCUGAAGAAAAGUCAGAUCAUUCGUCCCCGGAACAUUCAUAUGUUCAUAGCAGAAGUGAGUCAGCAUCAAGUGUUGCUUCCAGCAUUGAUUAUCUUCCACCCACAUCAACAGAUUCUAAUAAGAAUUCCCCUCUUUCGUCCACAAAGCACUAUCAGUGUUCCCAAGCAUACACUGAAACUGUCACAGCUUCCUGUAUAGAAGAACUCAUCAGAGAUUUAAAGAGCCAAUCCAUUGAUUUACAAACAAAAGCAGCAGCGGAACUGCGGUAUCUUGCCAAACACAACACGGAGAAUCGGGUGAUUAUCGGCAACUCGGGUGCAAUCAAGCCGUUAAUCUCACUCCUAACUUCAGAUUCAGCGGAGACACAAGAACACGCCGUCACUGCACUUCUCAACUUAUCAAUAAAUGAAAAUGUGAAGGCUGUAAUUGCUGAAAUGGGUGCAUCGGAACCUCUCAUCCAUGUCUUGAGAGCAGGAAAUCCGGUAGCAAAAGAGAACGCUGCUGCGGCUAUUUUCAGCAUAUCUCUUCUGGAAGAGUAUAGGAUAAAGAUUGGACGGUCUGGGGCGGUCAAAGCAUUGGUUGACCUUUUAGGAUCAGGAUCUAUGAGAGGGAAAAAGGAUGCUGCAACUGCCCUUUUUAAUUUGUCAAUAUACCAUGAAAACAAGGCACGCAUAAUUCAGGCGGGGGCAGUGAGGCAAUUGGUGAGUUUUCUGGAGCCAGAAACGGAAAUGGUUGAUAAAGCCGUGGCUCUUCUUGCAAAUUUGGCUACCACUCCUGAGGGAUGUUUGGCUAUUGCACGAGAAGAGGGGAUACCGCCACUCGUUGAGAUUGUUGAGAUGGGAUCUCAGCGGGGUAAGGAAAAUGCGGCCUCAAUUUUGUUGCAAUUGUGUCUUAAUAGUCCCAAGUAUUGUCGGCUUGUGCUACAAGAAGGUGCCGUUCCGCCUCUUGUGGCUUUGUCUCAAUCCGGUACCACUAGAGCAAAAGAAAAGGCACAACAGCUCCUAGGUCAUUUUCGUAACCAACGUGAAGGUGCUAUGAACAGAGGAAAGUCUUGAGUGCAGGUCUUCUUCUUUAUUACUUUUUUACUGUAUUGUUUUCUUAUCCCUGGCUAAAGCUCUUCCCCUCGGGUGUAUUUUUCGCCAUUUUCUACGAUGUGUACAUGAGGCUCAGAGAUCCUUUUUUCCUUUUCUUAUAGUUUCCACUGUUGGCAAUUUGUUUGCCAAUAAGAUUAUGUAUACUGCAUAUGUGUUUUUGAGCUCCACAGCCGCUCAGUAAGCAGAUUUGUAUAUUGUACGUAAGAUAUUGUCAACGUUCAUGUUAGGCCUGAAGAUAUAUAGAUUAGAAUCAAAUUCUUUUAUUACAGUUAAAUGUAUGAACCUUAUGAAUGUCAUGUAAUGCAUAUUUCACUUUGUUUUGACAGGCGUAUUCUGAUCUUAAGCCCUA